AUGACGAGGCUAUGGCGCGGCACGCGGGCUGAGUCCGUUGAGGACUACGCCGGCGUUCUCAUCUCACUGGAGGAGGCGCAUCUGCACAGUCACUCGGCUCGCUCCGGGCGAACCGAAUAUGAGGAGCUACCGGAUGACGAGCACGACGACGGCGACGAGGCUUCUAUCUCGGACGGCGAAGGCGGCAAGGCUCGCGAGCAUGAGGGCACCGGAAUGCUGGAAAUGAGUGCCUGCGAGUACAGUAUUGCCGGAUUGAGGAGAGAGGUUCGCAGAGGUGGCAAGGGCAAAUGGACGGAAUACGAGAUGAAAUCCAAGCUCAUCAAUAAGGCCAUGCAAGAUAUUGGUAUGGGCAGAUAUAAUUGGCAAUUGUUCGUCUUGUGCGGCUUUGGCUGGUUUGCAGAUAAGUAA